AAGCUUCUGUUGUCCAUUAUUCUUGAUCCUUCUUCUGCUCUACCGAACUCUGGAUAUGUCUCAGAACGCCAUCAGUGAUGGCGAAGCUUUUGCUUCAACGGCCCUCUCGGAAAAGGCCUCGCCAGAUCCUGUCGUCGCUGAUGUAAGAACAUUUGAUAUCGACAGUCAGGAUCUGCCAGAAGGGUAUUUCCGCAGUCCGUACUUCAUUGGAACUCUAGUUGCCGCAGGUCUUUCGCUGUCGGCCGGUGCUGGAACCUUUGCUCUUGCAGCGCCUGUUUUGGGAGUUAUCAACGCCGACAUUGGCCCUGAUCCAAACUAUCUCUGGGUAGGACUUGUCUACAUCUUGACCUUAGCACUGGGACAACUCCUCGUGGGACGUUUGUCUGAUCUUUUCGGACGUCGUUGGUUCUUUAUCUCUGGAUCGGUUCUUUCCCUCAUCGGCUGUAUCGUCAGCGCUGUUGCUACGAGUAUUCCGAUGCUCAUUGGAGGUACAACUUUAAUCGGAUUUGCAGCAGCCUCCCAGCUUUCGUAUCCCUUUGUCAUUGGAGAACUCGUUCCAUUCAAGCACCGUUUUCUCAGCAUGGGGUUCGUGUAUUGCUGGGGUUUUCCGUUAGAUGGCUUCGGUCCGGCCGUUUCCUAUGCCUUUGUCCAGCAUAGCAAACAUACAUGGCGGUCAAUCUAUUAUCUAUUUAUCGGGAUCAAUUUUUUGGCAGUAGUCUUUUGGUUCCUAUUCUACUUUCCACCCUCAUUCGAUGAGAGAUGGGCCCACAAGAAGACCAGACGCCAAGUUAUCCAAGACUUCGACUUCAUUGGCCUCAUCCUCUUCUGCGGCGGUAUCGUCACCUUUCUAAUGGGUAUCUCCUGGGGCGGGGCCUUAUACCCCUGGAAAUCUGCUCAUGUUAUUGGAACAAUCAUCGUUGGGUUCUUCUCCCUAGUAGCCUUUAUUCUCUACGAAAUAUUCGUCCCCUUAAAAGAACCACUCGUUCCCAUGCAUCUUUUUCGCAAUAUCAGAUGGGUAGCAGAUAUAUUUAUGAUAGCUCUCGGGGCAAGUGUUUACUUUUGUUUUGCGAUUGUGUGGCCCAUAAUGGUAUUUGCGUUGUACACGAGUGAUUUGACAAAAGGAGGAUUCCUUUGUUGUGUGACUGGGCUUGGGACGAAUUCGGGUCAGAUUGUUAGUGGCGUACUGGGGAAGAGGAUUGGGAAGCAGAAGUAUCAGCUCAUUGUGGCUGCAACAUUGAUGGGCCUGUUUCUGGGGGCUGGCGCCUGCGCAACUCCCUAUAACCAAAACACCAUCGCUGCCCUCCUCUUCCUAGGUUGCUUCUCCAUGGGCUGGCUUACAAACAUCGGUCUUACCAUCAGCGGCAUGAUCAUCCCAACGCAAGCCGAAAUCGGCACCGCCAUAGGAGUAGGCGCGUGCAUCCGCGAAACCGUCUCAACUAUCGCAGGAACAGUCUACACCGUCAUCUUGGCUAACCGCCUUGCUCGUACAAUCCCCGCCGAAGUGCCCCCGAAACUCAUUGCAGCUGGAUUACCAUCUUCAUCUGUGGCUGCAUUUCUCAGUGCGGUAACAGUAGGGACUCCAGAAGCGUUCUCGAAAGUGGCAGGCCUGACGAGUGCGAUUGAAAGCGUGGGAAUCGCAGCGUAUAAGGUUGCGAGUAGUCAUGCUUAUCAGACUGUGUUUUACUCUACGAUCGCGUUUAGUGCACUUGCAAUUUUCUGUAGUCUCUGGGUGCCAAAUGUGGAUGAUAUGAUGACGGAUAGAGUUGUAGCUACGUUGCAUAAGCGGAAAGAUGAGGAGGCUGGGGAGAAGUGAGGAGACGAUAAUUUGAGAUUCAUGGGACGAUAUCUGUGCAAGGAUGAGGAUAUAGCGGUAAUUUGAUAGUACUAGUAGCUUCUUAGCACCUCGUGCAUGACAUCCCCCUAACAUUAUGAACGUUUUUGUCCACAUAAUAUUGUCGCCCAAAGAUGACGAAUGCUUAAAUAAAAU